ACAGUCUGGAGCAGCUGUGUGUGCGUGGGAAGGAAGGGGCCUCCUCCAUACCACAGCCUGGGGCAAUAAUGUGAGCGGACCUCCCAAGCUGUGCAGCCAGGGACCGUCACCCCGCCGCCGGAGCAGUCCUCCCUGGACUGUGCGAGGACUUAGCGCCGAAUAUUCUCCGCUCAGCAGACAGGGGGCGCCCGCACACAGUCCGGAGACUCUGGCGCCGCCGACGGAUAGUACAGUCUGCUCCGGCCCGGGCUGGUAGUCGUCGCUGGGAUGGAGGCCCGGGGCCUGGCGCUGCUCGCGCUCCUCUCUCUGGUAGCGUCUGAAUGGGCGCUGCCGCCCGGGUGUAAGCAGGACGGGAGGCCCCGGGGAGCGGGAGCGAGGACGGCAGGAACCGGAGGGGACGCGGGCAAGGUGGUGUGUAGCAGCCCGGACAACGGGAGGACCUUACCGCUGGGAGCUCUGCCCAACCGGACCUCCAGCCUGAUUCUGAAUAGCAAUAAGAUCUCUGACCUGAAGAACGCAUCUUUCGAGGGGCUGAGCUUCCUGGAGAGGCUGGAUCUUCGGAAUAACCUGAUCAGCACAAUUGAACCCGGUGCCUUUUGGGGACUUUCAUCUCUUAAACGGCUAGAUCUUGCCAAUAAUAGGAUUGGAUGCCUUAAUGCUGACAUAUUUAAAGGACUCCCCAACCUGGUUAGAUUAAAUCUCUCUGGGAAUUUAUUUUCUUCGCUGCCACAAGGAACUUUUGCUAACCUCAUUGCCCUAAAGUCGCUUGAAUUUCAGACAGAAUAUCUUCUGUGUGACUGCAAUCUUCUGUGGAUGCUGCAGUGGGUCAAGGCAAAGAAUAUAACGGUCCGUGAAACAAAAUGUUCCUACCCCAAAUCUCUGCAAGGGCAGGCAGUGACGGCGGUGAAACCUGAGCAGCUGACCUGUGAUUCACCUCUUGAGCUACCUUCUUUUUACAUGUCCCCUUCUCAUCGCCAAGUGGUCUUUGAAGGGGAUAGCCUCCCCUUCCAGUGCAUGGCUUCCUAUAUAGAUCAGGACAUGCAGGUUUUAUGGUAUCAGGAUGGGAAGAUUGUGGAAACGGACGAGUCGCAGGGGAUUUUCGUUCAGAAGAACAUGAUCCACAACUGCUCACUGAUUGCCAGCGCGCUGACAAUUUCCAACAUACAAGCUGGAUCCACAGGGAACUGGGGCUGCCGGAAGUUUCAGGAACAGGCCCGGGUGCCACACCGAGUCCAACGCCUUCUUAAAGUCCACAAAACAGGCAAAUAUUUAGCAACAUUUGGUAUCGUGGACGUGUGUCUUGAUGAGGCUGUGCAGGGUAUAGAUAUGGUCAAUGGUGUGGUGGUUUGGCAUGAACCCAGCUUGGCUUUUGCUGAGAACCUCAUGCUGUGUGAGAAAGGGGUUGAUUCUCGUAUUGGGCUGCUGGCUCAACUGCUGAGCGUCUCACGGCCGGGGUAUUUGUCUUCCCGCGCUCAGCCCAGUCCACGUGGGCUGACGCGGUGA